CAAAGUCACCAAUAUCUCAGAUUUUUGAGGAUGUAAAUUUUGAACAUUAUCUGUUUGGGUCCAAAAACCAGGAUCAUCCUGUUGCUUCUAUAGGGAAAUAGUGAAGAGUCACAACCAGUGCCUGCCAAUGGUUGUCACCAACUCCUGCAACUUGAACUUGAUUUUUUACAAAUAGUCCCAGGACAAUCACCCCUGCUAUGUGGCAGUAGAGAAGAAUCUAUGCAGCCUCAUAAAUCCACCUGAUACCUAAGGAGUAUGAAGAGACUUAAGUUACCUAAGGAGCCAGAAGAGACUUAAGUUGCCUAAAGCGUUCUCCAGAUAGUUUGGCAGGCAGAUAGAGGUACUAAGAAAUGGUGCAGCACCCUGGAGGAGUGUGCAUCAGCCCUCAGAACGCCAGCCAGAUGCUGGUACACACGCAGUAGGGAGACAAUGGCCUUUCUGUUACUGCUCAGAUGUGCUUGUCACAUUCUUUAAUCGCCAACGGAAACUAUUUUUCAAGGUCUAGGCCUUUCUGAAGUGAGAUGAGGCAGAGCUGUAGCAGAGGGCUGGGCUUCCACAGUGACUGCAGGAAAAUCUCCCACUGUGUCCCGGUGCCGGGGCCCCUUCCCUCGGGAAGGACAGCGGAAGACAUUGGGAGGCAGGAGGGGGCUCUGAGGGCUGCGUCACCCACGCUUCCCUGAUUGUCAGUUUCCUAGCACCCCGGCCUCCUCUCAGGUAGAGACGCCCCCUCCCGCGGUUCGCGCGGUUGGGAAGGAGGGGCUGGGCUCCGAGCGCCCGCCCCUCCAUCUAUCACAUGGCCGGAGAGUCACAAAAACAACAGCUUUGGCCAAGACCGUGACUUCAGGAAGGGAACUCAGGGCUCUCGCCGCCAGCCCCCUCCCCAUGGAGGACAGUUUUUUGGAAUCGUUUGGGAGGUUGAGCCUCCACCAGCGGCAGCAACAGCAGCCGCCUCCUCGGCCGCCACCCGCGCGGGGGCCACCUCCGCGUCGCCACAGCUUUAGGAAACACCUCUACCUCCUGCGCGGCCUCCCGGGCUCGGGGAAAACCACGCUGGCCAGACAGCUGCAGCGUGACUUUCCCAGGGCCCUGAUUUUCAGCACCGAUGAUUUUUUCUUCAGGGAAGAUGGUGCCUAUGAGUUCAACCCGGACUUCUUGGAGGAAGCUCAUGAGUGGAACCAGAAGAGAGCAAAGAAAGCAAUGCAGAAUGGCAUAUCCCCCAUUAUUAUUGAUAACACCAACCUGCACGCCUGGGAGAUGAAGCCCUAUGCAGUCAUGGCACUUGAGAAUAACUAUGAAGUUAUAUUCCGAGAACCCGACACUCGCUGGAAAUUCAACGUUCAAGAGUUAGCAAGAAGAAACAUCCAUGGAGUACCAAGAGAAAAAAUACACCGGAUGAAAGAACGGUAUGAACACGAUGUUACCUUUCACAGUGUCCUUCAUGCAGAAAAGCCAAGCAGAGCGAACAGAAACCAGGACAGGAACAGCGCGCCUUCCAGUGGUUCCGGGUACUGGAGCACCUACACAGAGCUCCCCAACAGAAGGGCUCAUGGCGGCUUCUCCAACGAGAGCUUCAGGAGAGGUGGCUGUCACCAUGGAUAUUAGCAAUCCUUGCACAGCCAUUGCAGAUUUUUCCUAAAGAAGUUUCUACUUCGAUUUUUGGUAUUUAUUCUUUGUUCAGUUUUAGUCAGAGCUCUAAUUCCAGUGUAAAUAGCCAAAGCCCAGAAGUUUCUGAACAAAAGUCAUUAUAUUUGUUAUCUCCAACAAGCAAUGUCGGAGUGCACCCAUAUGGCUUGAUGCCGAGGGUUCUGCUGAGGGCUCGAGGGUCUUUCUCUAGGGAAGGAGUUGAUUUGAACCUGAAAUCUAAGAUUAUCAGUUAGCUGCAGUCAUAAACAAGGUGUUACUGGUACAUUUCUGUGGGCUAUAGUACCACUCACUGUCUUAGACAGAUCCAUCUUCUCCAUAGAGCUGGAGAGUGAGGGAGGCAGAGGCAGAGGCAGAGGCAGAGGCAGGAAGCAGCUUCGUGCCAUUACUACUCUGAUAGUCUGUGUCUAGAGACUAAACUCCUCAUUCUAACGGCACUGGUUUUCUUUUAGAAAGCAGAGAAGGGAAUGUUGCUCUUCAAGGUGACAUUAGGGAACUUCCUCUCUCAUUGUAAUGAUGUGUCACUGUUAAACAUGCCUGUGGAUUCUUAGGAACAAAGGCAACUAAGAAGAACCGGUACCUUUACAGUCAGACCCUGCGCUCUGCAGUGUCAGCAGGAUAGACCCCUCCCUCUGGCUCCUACUCUCACUGUAAAUAAACCUGCUUUUGCAAAAACACCAGUUUUAAAGAAUCAUCAAGUGAUUUCUAAAAUGAUGCUAUAACGUGUACUUAGUUAGCAACCUGGAUGUUUAGGAGUGCAAAGCAAUGAAGCAGCUAGGGUGUAGGUCAUACAAGGAAAUGUGAAGUCACGCUCACUGAGGUGACAGGCUAUUUCAUGUGGUAUUGACAGUAAACUGUGGAAUGCCCCUCAGAUCAGUUAUGAAUUUAUGAGUCCAAAUUAAAUCCCAGCAGGCUGGAAUCAGAUUCACUUGGUACGAGACCAUGACACGACCAUGUGGGAUGUAUGCUGUACUUAUUUUCUGGUCAACAGCUUCUUUCUAAUGUUUUGUGAACUAUUACUUUAAGUGUCUUAUAUAAUGGUGCUUUUAUGGUUAUUAAAAUUGUAUAUGAUAUUGCA